AUGAGUUUAGAAUCAUGGAGGCAUUUCCAAUUCUAUGAUAAUUUGCCAAUACCAGAUCCGUUGCUAGGUAAUGAUAUCCGCUUAUAUUCUGAUCCGACUUUAUCAGCUGCAGCGACGGUUAAUGAAGACCUAUUCUUUAUUGCUGUAAGAUCAAAUUACAUUAGACACUUCAGCCUUAAGAAGGCAGAGAUCAUAAAAGAGUUUAAAGCAUUUGCUGAUGGCUUCCAGAUAUCGUAUUUAAUGGUGGUAGGACAGUCAUUUCUAUUGGCAGUAGGUGAGAAAGUGAAUUAUCCAUCCCAGUUGAAAUUAUUUAAGAUUAAUGACCUACCGACAAAUGAGUUCCAUUAUCACUCCCUGGUGGAAAUAAAAAACUCUGACAACGCUUUUCCAAUAUCAUCUGUGUCUGUUUCUAAUGAGCUUAACUGUAUUGUGGUAGGGUUCGUUAAUGGCAAAAUAUUGCUUAUAAAAGGAGAUUUAUCAAGAGACCGUGGAUCACAGCAACGGAUACUGUAUGAGGAUUCCACGGGUGACCCAAUUACUUCAUUAUUUCUAAACUCAGAUGCAAGUUCAUGUUUCGCAACCACCACAUCCAGGAUUAUGAUGUUCAAUCUAAUGCGGAAAAGUAAGUCAAUUCCGGAACAAGUACUAUCCUCUAAGGAGGGAGUAGCUCUUAACUGUGCAUCUUUCUCCAAAUUUACAAACGAAAACAUAUGCUGCAUGAAUGAUUGUAUCCAGUUUUAUCAUGGGAAUGGAGAGAGGCAUGAUAUACCCAUUAAAAUUUCGAACCCAAAAAAAUUGAUGCCCAUCAAUAAAACAGAGCUUUUGAUUAUUUUUGAAGAAGAAAGGCAAAAAACAACAAGUAUUGAAUAUGAAUCAGGAGCUUCCAACAAUAUUUGCAAAGCGAUAGUAAUUGACUUAGAAAACAGUAUACUAUCAUUUUCAUUUUAUACUACAAGCAAUAUUGUCGAUGUAUUACCAGUAAGAAGCAAAGAUGAUUCGAUACUUUAUUUAGUCACAGCAGAAGGUCUUAUGUACAAGGUUUCGAAAAAGUCACUUGAUGAAAGAUUAUCUAUUGUAAUGAAUAAGGAGAUGUUUCCGUUUGCUUUACAAUUGGCAUCAGAUUGUAAUUUACCGGAUAACAAGAUUCAGAAAAUCAAUAAGCUUUACGGAGACUAUCUUUAUAGUAAAGGAUUGCAUACUGAAGCAGCCCAACAGUACAUGAAAUGUAUCGAUAUUUUGGAUAUUAGUGACAUAAUCACUAAAUUAGGUGCUAAUGAUGUUUUUGAUGUAAAAGCUAUGAGGAAUUUGGCUGAUUUUGUUUGGGAACUAAUUAGAAAGGGCAGAGCUGAUCACGAUACUGUAACACUAUUAUUAUCAGUCUUAAUAAAAUUGAAAGAUGAAGAUGGGUUGAAAAGGUUUGUCAGUUAUUUUAGAAGAAGUGGGAAAUAUAUUGAGACAGAGAAUUACAAGGAUCUUGAUGAUGAAUCUUACUUUUUUAGUGACUUGAGAUUAUUUGAUCUCGAGCUUAUAAGAUCACUAUUGAUUGACUCCAAACUUAAUCAAUUGUGUUACCAAUUUGUUUUUAAGUUUUCAAAGGAUCCUAUAAUGAUAACUGACGUACUGUUAAAUGUUUUAAAAGAAACAGAGGCAACUUUAAAAUACGUAAAAAGUUUAUCAGUAGAUGAUAUUCUGCGAGUUCUUGUACGUUUUUCGAAGCAGCUUUUAUAUUUAUCUCCAAAUGAAACCAAUUUGUUAUUGAUUGAGGUUUUUACAGGAAAAUAUAGGCCUAGCAGUUAUGUGAGUGAUAUUAAUAAUGUUGUUAACACUAAAACGGGUACUAAAUCAGAGAAAAAUCCAGUUUUCUACAGCUAUACCGCCUUUUUAAAAUACAUGAAUCCUUUGGCCGAUGCUAGUGUAUUGGACGCUUCAGAAAACGGUGAUAGGUUAGACGUAGAUCGCCCUACUUAUCAUCCACCGAAGCCAUCACUAGUUUUUAAUGCAUUUUUAUCUCGUCCUUUUGAGUUCGUGGUUUUCCUAGAAGCAUGCCUUGAAAGCUACAAACAAUUUGAUGGGUUUAAAAAUGAUAGACAAGAAAUAUUAACGACAUUAUAUGAUUUGUAUCUUACUCUUUCCAAGCAGGAUGUGGGAGAAAGAAAAUCUGAGUGGACUGAAAAAGCUAAUCUGGUUCUCAACGAAAGUAACGAGUUGGCCAAUGAGCUAGAUCAAAAUUCUAACAAUAACCUCAACAAAGUUGAUAACAGCUUAAUGAAGUUAAUAGCACAUAUGAAUGGUCUUAAUGUAGCUGACAUUUCUAGCCCUAUAAAUGAGAACAAGGAAUUCUCAAAUGAUGUAACGGACAAUGCAAGGAUUAUUAACGGAUUCAGGAACCUAACGUACAUGGGUGAAGUUUCAGAGUGCAUGAAAUUUUUUGAAGAACACUCUAAAAAUAACAUUGAUUUGUUUCCAAUGGCUUUAUCAUAUUUCAUCUCCAAAAAGGAAAUAUUAGAAUUCAUUGGAGGUGAGGAUCAACUGGUGAAGAAGAUAAUUAAACCUAUUAUUGAAAAUAACAUAAUGUCAAUAUUGGACUUGCUACAGAUUCUAAGUUCACGCGAUUUCAUAACAUAUGGAUGUGUUAAAGACAUACUUCUCGAUCGAAUGAAGGAAGAGGAUGCAGUGGCCAAACGUACAAAAAAAUUAAUUGCAUCAUAUAGUGAAGAAUUGCAGGACAAAAAGACUCAGUUGAGGACGUACUUAUCUCCUGAUCACGAACAACAUAUAGCAAUAAAGGACAAAAAAUGUGAUCUCUGUCAUAUCACAUUAGAGCUUCCAGUAAUAUAUUUCAAAUGUGAGCAUAUCUAUCAUCAAAAAUGUCUCAAUGAAGAGGCUGACUUAAAGAAUGAAGGUGAUCUGCUCUAUAAAUGUCCAAAAUGUGUCAUCGAUAUUGAGACCAGCUCAAAAAGGAUAAGCAAAGAAAGGGAGCUUGCCUCUCGUAAGGAGCUCCUCGAUUUAGCUUUCAAGGAAGAAGGUAAUAACUCUGACAGGUUCAGAAUUGUUUCAGAUUUUAUAGGUAGAGGAGCGCUGGAAAACUCGUACAUCACUAUUGAAUCAUGA